AUGAAAGAUCAUAAUAGAACUCAUACCAUUGAGAAGCCGUACGUUUGUUCGAUGUGCAACAGUAGUUUCCCUCAAUCAUGCAACAGAAGGACCCAUAUGAGAACUCGUACCGCUGCGAACCCAACGUACUGCUUCGAUUUUAAAUGUUCUCAGUUGGACGAAGAAGACAACGACGAAAUAGAUGAAAUGCAUAUUGAUGCUCACCGUGAAAUUCCAAAAUCUCUCAUAAUGCGAUACUUUGAAAAGCAGAUGACACUCUCUAUCGAAAUAAAUGAAAUAGAUCUUACCGGAUGGAAUUCGUGGAAGAGAUUUUGACACAAACGACCAGUCACUUCUGUUAGGUAUUGUUCAAGUAUCGUCUGUAUAAAUAAUCGUCCGAAUGGGAGUGGCAAACUAUCCAUUCAUAAUCUUUGUCCACGUAUAAUAAUGUAAUUGUAGCAAUUGCUGUUUAAUCCUUCCUACUGAAUAAUUUCAUUUUAGCUGGUAUAUUGCACUGUGGAAAUUAAUUUAUGCAAAGCAGUCACAGCAUUUUUUGUACAAUUUUAUUUCGCCUCAGUUUUCCCAAACCUUCAAAACUGAGGCAAUAUUAGAGAGGGAAAAACUGCAUUGCUACAUUUCUUGUAAUUGUAAUUGGUAAUUGACACUGUUAAUUUACAUGUGUUAAAUGAUUUCAUCAGACGUUUGUUCGGACUCCAUAUCCAUUCUUGAAUCGGUUUCCAAAUUUGUUGCAUGUACUGCGUGUGUGUUUGUGUAUGUCUGUGUGUGUGUGUGUCUGUUUUUUGUACUUGUCUAAAUUAAAAUUUCACUUUAUUAUUUUCAUAUUAUAGCAUAUAAAAUGAUGAAAGCAAUUGUUAAGUGAAUGAAUUAUAAUAUCAGUCGAUGGUGUCCAGA